GCGGGAGCGGGAGCGGGGACGCCGCCGCCGCCGGCCGGGUCAUGCCCGUGCGCCCGGGGCGGCGGGGCUGCGGGCUGCGGCGGGAUGGGCGCGCUCCGGGCCGGUGCCCUCGCCUUCCUCCUCCUCCUCCUCCUCGGCUGCCUCCUGCCCCGGCGCGGCCCGCUCAGGCUGGUCUCAGGGCGGGAGGAGAUUAAAGCUGGUUCCCGAAGCUCACCCCAGCCCAUGUCGCCCUCUGAUUUCCUGGACAAGCUCAUGGGACGAACCUCAGGGUAUGACGCCCGCAUUCGACCCAACUUCAAAGGUCCGCCCGUCAACGUGACGUGCAACAUCUUCAUCAACAGCUUUGGCUCCGUCACCGAGACCACCAUGGACUACCGGGUGAACGUGUUCCUGCGGCAGCAGUGGAACGACCCCCGCCUGGCUUACCGGGAGUACCCCGACGACUCCCUCGACCUCGACCCCUCCAUGCUCGACUCCAUCUGGAAGCCAGACUUGUUCUUUGCCAAUGAGAAAGGGGCCAAUUUCCAUGAGGUCACCACCGAUAACAAGCUCCUGCGCAUCUUCAAGAAUGGCAACGUGCUCUACAGCAUUAGGCUGACACUGAUCCUGUCCUGCCCCAUGGACCUCAAGAACUUCCCCAUGGACAUCCAGACGUGCACCAUGCAGCUGGAGAGUUUUGGCUACACCAUGAACGACCUCAUCUUCGAGUGGCUGGAGGAGCAGGAGGCCGUGCAGGUGGCAGAGGGCUUGACACUCCCACAGUUCAUCCUCAGGGAUGAGAAGGACCUGGGCUAUUGCACCAAGUACUACAACACAGGCAAGUUCACCUGCAUCGAGGUGAAGUUCCACCUGGAGAGGCAGAUGGGUUACUACCUGAUCCAGAUGUACAUACCCAGCCUACUCAUCGUCAUCCUCUCCUGGGUCUCCUUCUGGAUCAACAUGGAUGCGGCGCCAGCCCGGGUGGGCUUGGGCAUCACCACAGUGCUCACCAUGACCACGCAGAGCGCCGGCUCCCGCGCCUCCCUGCCCAAGGUGUCCUACGUGAAGGCCAUUGACAUCUGGAUGGCCGUGUGCCUGCUCUUCGUCUUCGCCGCCUUGCUGGAGUACGCAGCCGUCAACUUUGUCUCCCGCCAGCACAAGGAGCUGAUGCGCCUGCGCCGCCGCCAGCGACGGCAGAGGAUGGGCCUGAGCAGCGGCACGGCCAGCCUGGAGUCCCUGCGGCAGCUGAGCAGCCGGCACAGCAGCGAGCACACCUACGCGACGCUCUCGCAGCUCUCCAGCUCCCGGGAGGAAGAGCUCAGCCGCGAGAGCCGCUUCUACCUGCGAGGCUACGGGCUGGGCCAGUGCCUGCAGGCCAAGGAGGGGGCUGGGGAGGGCCCCGGCGUGUACAGCCCCCCGGCAGCCCCCGCCGCGCUGCGGGAAGGGGACAGCCUCCGCAGGCGCUACCUCGACCGCGCCAAGCGCAUCGACACCGUCUCCCGAGCCGUCUUCCCCUUCACCUUCCUGGUCUUCAAUAUCUUCUACUGGGUGGUUUACAAAGUGCUGCGCUCAGAGGACAUCCACUUGGUGCCCUGAGGCUGGAAAAGUACGACUGCCUCUUGGUGUCACCCCCGCAGUGUGCCCAGAUGCCACAAGCUCAGCCAGAACUACAUUUCCCUCUGUCCCGGAGCGGUGGCACAGCUGGGCUGGGCCUCAGAGCCUGGACGUGUGGCAGCCCCCGUGCCCCACUGGAUUCCGUGGCACAAAGUGGGGGGAUCAACAAUCACAGGUCCCCAUGGUCAGCUGGAGAGAGGGACCCCUCCUGCUUCCCGCAUGGUGUCACCCCAGGUACCCCGGGAUGCUGUGCUGUCAGGGCACAGGGAAACGGCUACUCCCCAGGAAUGCUGUGCUGCUGGGGGAAGCCCUGGGUAUCCAGGGACACAGGAGAGCCCUGGGUACUUUGGCACAGCCAGUGGCCAGAAAACAUCACCUUCCAGAAAAACAUCCUCUCCCUCUCCACACCUACCAUGUUAGGCUGCUGCUUCUCCAGCCUGCAUCACUGAGCUGUGGGCCCCGAGCAGCCAGGGAUUAGGCUGCAGUCUUCUCCUCUGGCCUGGAGCUUGGCUGCAGGAAAGGGCAGGCAGCACCCCUGCCUGCACCUGGACUGUACAGGAUGCUGGCUAUGGCCCCACAGCCCCCUGCCCAGCAAUGGACAGGGCCCCUGCAGCCCCAGCCAGCUCCAAAGCACAGCAAAGCAGCACGCUGGGGAUGCUGCCCGCCCUGCAGAGCUCAGAACUGCCUGUGAUGCCCAGGGCUGCAGGCAGGAUUGUGGCAGGGACAAUGGGCAGGAGGCUGUGUUUGCUCCAAGGAAAGGCCAGCCCUGAGGCAGGCAGCAGGCAAGCUCAGUCCUGCUGAAGGGCCCCAGAUGGCCACUGCAGUUGCAGAUAGGAGUCACUUGGCACUGAGGAGAUGGCACUGCAUUAUCAGCAGGGUACGGCCCACAGCCCAUCUUCCAAGAGAGAUCUUUUGGGAUGAAAGCAGUGGGGAAAGCUUGGCCAAUCCUUUUGGAGGAGCAGAAUGAGUGAUGGCAUCCCCAGACUGCUGCAUUCCCACAGCACCAUGGUGCCAGAAGAAAGAUGGAGGUGAAAAUUGUCCCAUUCCUCAGCCCAGCAUGCAGGUGCAGCAUCCCCUGGGUAGGUUCAUCCCUAAUACUCCUCCACUGGAGAGGAGAGCAACUGGAACCCCAACAUGACAAGCUAAGUAAGUCUUCCAGCCCUCCAGACCUGGAUACCUCCAUGCUUUGCAGGAAAUAAAAGCAGCAGGUGAUGCUUAAAUCCUCCAGAGAGGAGUGUGGUGAUGCUCUCCUUUCCCUCUACCCACAGUCAGCCUGGAGGAGGUUGCGGCCCAGCAGGCCCCACAGCCAUGGGUGCAGAGAGGGCCCAGUCUUCAAGGCUGAGUACGAUGGAAAUAGGAUUCACCCCUUUCCUUGAGGGCUGUGGUGGCCCCAUGGCACAGUGAGUGCUCCGGUGACCCACCUGCCAUGGUGGAACGGACACUGCAGGGCAGGGGGACACCGGCAGGAGGCCAGCACUGCCUUCUGAAACCAGACCCAGGCAGAAACCCCUGCCAUGAUCCCUGGCCUCACUCCUCAGGCACCACUCAUGCCCCUCUUCCUCGCAGGACUGACAGGCAGCAUCAUCCUCUGAGCCCCCUGAGCCCCACAGAGCGCUCAGCCACAUGCACCCAUUCCACAGGUGGGGCAAGCAGAGAACUGGCCCCAGGCCACCCCAUGAGGGGACUGAGGGACCCACAAGGACAGGCUGAGCCAGCUCCAUCCCAUUGCCAGCACUGUGCAUGUCUCCCCUGCCAUGGGGUUCCCCAUGGGGCCCCACCGUGUGUCCAGACCACAGGAGGCCCCAUUUGGAGGCACCCUGGCUCCCCCAGCACCCGAGGCAGCGCCAAACAGGGAGGUACCGGUGUCUGAGCAGCACCCACAGGCACUGGGCAGCCACGCCAACCUCCUGCAGCGGUGGGUUUUUAAACAGCAUCGAUCUUCCUACGCAAAUAAAGCUUUCUGGGAUUUUC